AUGCUCUCCGGUUCCCACCUCCACUCUCUGCCAGCGUUUAUCUUUUGUGGUUUAGUCUUCCAAGUCCCCGAGCUGCGGGCAGCGCCGCUGAACGUGACGGGACCCCCCGGCCCCAUCAUCGUGACCAGGGGCGAGGACGCGGUGCUGCCUUGUCGCUUCUUCUCAGAGCGGAGCGCGCGGCACACGGAGGUGAUCUGGUUUCGGGAGCAGUUCUCGCCCUUCGUGCAUCGCUACAAGGGGGGCCAGGACCAGUACGGGGAGCAGAUGCUUCAAUACCAAGGGCGCACCCAGCUGCUCAAGGACGGCCUCGCCAAGGGCAGCGUGGACUUGAAAAUUUUCCACGUCCGACUGGACGACAGCGGGAAUUACACCUGCUUUGUUCACCUUGACUCGGAUUAUGAGGAGGCCGUGGUGGAGCUGAAGGUGACAGGUCUCGGCUCUGCCCCGCUCGUCGCGCUGGAGCGGUACGAGGACGGCGGCAUCCGGCUGUCCUGUCGCUCGGCCGGCUGG